AUGUGUUUUUUGUACAUUCUUUUGUUCUCGUGUUUAUAUUUGGCGGCCCAUGGACAAAUCCCUGUGGAUUACGGUAAAACUGUCGAAUGGGGUAAGUGGCAGGUUUUAAAUGGAGUUUUGGAUAUAAUCCAUGAGAUUUUUACUAAAAAAAUAUGUAUCUUUGCAUAAAAGAAGUGUAGGUAAAAGUUUUUGCUCUCAGAACGUCGCACGCUCUACUGUGACUCCACUCACGAUCAAAUCAACUCCGGGUUGUGCUGGCUAACCGUCGGAAAAGACGGCCAACCGAAGCCGGCCAGGUGCAAUAAAGAGUUGGCAAGAUUGGAGAACAACCAAGAAGAGGUCAGAUUUACGUGUGAUAUCGAGUGUGAUGGAGCUGACAGAGACUCUGUGGUCUCCAAGUACCCCAACUCCAACCGGCAUUGCAUCAGAUUCUGGUCAUACAACACCCAGAGAGUCGAUGAGAUCUAUGGGAAACCAAAGUGGUAUAUCUGGAGAAAUGGGCUCUGCGCGAUGGACAGGAUCUCCCUGGAGGUCCAUUGUGGAUUCCCUAGUACAACCUAA